AUGGCACCCAAUCUGCAGCCGUCAAUACUCUUCAUCGCAUGUUUUGGAAUAUUCACCUCCGUUGUUCUUGCAAAAACCGAUAGCCAAGACGUGUCGGCUCUUAAUGACGCAUAUAAAAGCAUGAACUCUCCAUCGAAACUCAAUGGAUGGAGUUCCAGCGGAGGAGAUCCUUGCGGUGACUCAUGGGAUGGCAUUACUUGCAAGGGCUCUUCUGUUACUGAAAUAAAAGUAUCUGGACGUGGACUCAGUGGAUCUUUAGGUUACCAGCUUGGAAACUUGAAAUCACUGACUUACCUUGAUGUAAGCAAGAACAAUCUUAAUGGAAACUUACCCUACCAGCUUCCUGAGAGUCUUGUUUAUCUAGAUGGUUCUGAGAAUGACUUCAACGGUAAUGUGCCAUACUCGGUAUCUCUCAUGAACGACCUCAGUUACUUAAACCUUGGUCGUAACAACCUUAAUGGUGAACUCAGCGACAUGUUUCAGAAACUUCCAAAACUUGAAACAAUUGAUCUGUCUUCUAAUCAACUCACAGGAAAACUACCCCAGAGUUUUGCCAAUCUAACAGGCCUUAAAACAGUGCAUUUGCAAGACAACCAAUUCAAAGGCUCUAUAAAUUCACUCAGAGACCUCCCUCAAAUCGAUGAUGUAAACGUUGCCAACAAUCAAUUCACUGGCUGGAUCCCAAAUGAGCUGAAGAACAUUGGAAACCUUGAAACUGGAGGAAACAAGUGGUCCAACAGUAAAGCUCCGUCACCACCUCCGGGGACACGUCAUAUAGACAGAGACUCAUCGGGAGGCGGUGGAGGAAGCAGCAAGGCCCUGAUCACCGGAAUCAUAGUAGCGGUGGCUACUAUAGGUGGACUCAUUUUCUUUGCAGGACUGAUCGCUUUGCUUUGUCGAAGAAGAAACACUCAUCAUUCUUCUCACUUCUUCGACGAAGAGAAACCAACCGAAGAAACCAAAGGCAAGCCACUCUUCACACCACAAUCCUCUCAGAUGCUUCAGUUCGACUCUAUGGAUGACUUCAGAGGGCAAAAGACGGUUGAUUCUAAUACUUCCGUUGAGACAAGGCCUUCUGUGAAAAGAACAUCUUCAGUUAGUUUCAAGAACACUCCUACUUUUCAUCUCAUACCUUCCUCACCAGUGGUUGCAACCCCUGAUCGUUUCGCAAGCCCUGACUCUCCUGAUACGCAUGGUGUGAAAGUGUUUGCGCUAGCGGAUCUGCAGAACUCUGCGGCUGGUUUCUCUCCGAGUCGACUUAUUGGUGAAGGAACCAUUGGACGUGUUUACAAGGCUAAAUAUCAAGAUGGAAGGAAAUUUGCAGUGAAAGAGAUCGAUUCGUCGCUGUUAGGAAAAGGAAAUCCAGAAGAGUUUUCACACAUAGUGUCGAACAUCUCAAGCAUUCACCAUCCGAAUAUGGCGGAGCUUGUUGGUUAUUGUUCAGAACAAGGAAGGAACUUGCUUGUUUAUGAAUAUUUCACAAGUGGAUCACUCAACAGGUUUCUUCACCAGUCUGAUGAUUUCAGCAAACCGUUAACUUGGAACACAAGAAUCCGUAUCGCUCUUGGAACUGCUCAAGCUAUAGAGUAUCUUCAUGACGUUUGCUCGCCUCCAUUAGUUCACAAAAACGUCAAAUCCUCAAACAUAUUACUCGACAAUGAGCUAACUCCACAUCUCUCAGACUAUGGCAUGGCAAACUUUCACCAUCGCACAAGUCAGAAUCUUGGAGUUGGAUACAAUGCCCCAGAAUGCACAGAUCCCUCUGCUUACACACUAAAGAGCGAUGUUUACAGCUUUGGUGUGGUGAUGUUGGAGCUGCUAACCGGUCGAAUGCCUUAUGACAGUGAUAGGCCAAAAGGAGAGCAGUCUCUUGUUCGUUGGGCAAAGCCGCAGCUUAAAGACAUGGAGACUCUGGAGGCAAUGGCUGAUCCCGCAUUGUGUGGACUCUACUCACCAGAAUCUGUAUCAGCAUUUGCGGAUAUAGUUUCAAUCUGCGUAAUGUCGGAGCCUGGUCUUCGGCCUCCAGUGUCAAAUGUGGUGGAAGCACUGAAGAAGCUAGUGUAG